UGCUGCAUACCAAUUGACAGUGUGACGUCAGAGAUUACCCUCUUCAUUAAACUCCAAUCUCCAUGUCAAAUUGUAGUUUUACACUAAAACUGCUUGAUUGCAGGAAAGGACCCUCCUAAAAAAAAAAUGUCUCUAACAUUUCACCAAAUAAUUUGUGACGCAAAAAAACUUGUUGGUAAAAUAUCUGAUCACGAAAACGCUGCUGAUCAUUUGAUAACAGAAAUUCAAUCAGUAUGUAGUCAAAUUGAUAACAUGAAAGAAUAUCAAGAAGAAAUCGAUGUUUUAAAUACCGAGGCUAAGCAGAGACCCCACACACAGCUGAUUGCUGGCAUUCAACAAGAAACACGACACUUACGAGAAAUACAAGCCGAAAAUAAAGAACUUAAAAAUGCCUUGGAGGAUCAUCAAAUUGCUUUAGAACUAAUAAUGUCAAAAUACAGAAUACAAACUUCAACGUUGAUCAAGGACUGUAAAACGGAUUUUUCGUCGCUUUACAAUUUAAAAUUAGCGAAUAUUAUUACGAGUCAAGCGGAAAAAAUUGACGAAAUGGCUGCAGUUAUGAGGGUAGCAGCAACGCUUGAUGAAGAAAGUGAUUUGAAAUACAAAGAAAAUCACUCAAGAUUGCAAAAAGAAAAUGAUGAUCUUCGGAAAAUACUCAAUCUUGCAAAUAAAUAUGGUUCUUUAAGUCCAGCUGAAGCACUACAAGAAAACAAAAUUGUACAAACUGAGCCAGAGUGAUUCCUAUUUUAUAAUAAUGUCAUUGUUAAUUUUAACAACUGACUAAUAUUUAAUAUUUUACGGCAAUCCUAUGAUUUUCGUGUCCACAAAAUUUUAUCGCUGAUAUAAGAAAGGCUUUUUUAAGAUAAUUUUUUUCUCGAGGAAUAUUAUGAUCUAAAUAAAAAUAGAAUAUCAUAAAUAGUUUUCGAGAUAUCGACUGUUGAAUAAAAAAUGUAUCUCAAAACGACCUUUCGAAAUCAGUCAU